UUUAAGCUACAACUUGAGACCCUAUUGAAAGACAGGAGCAAAUUCCCAGGAGAUAAGUAUACGUGCAAAGAAACAAUUAUUAACAUAUCCAUUAAGCAAAGCCACCAGCGCGGUCUAAAGAAGCGAUUUAAGGGCGUAGAGAUUGAUUAG